AUGCCACCUAAUGUUAUAGAUGAAAAUGUUCAAGAAGUUAACGUCUUUCGCCGGGAAGAUGUUACGAAACAUUACAACAUAUAUAAAAAUAAGAUUAAUAAUGAACAAGAGAAUCCUUGGUAUUUGAUAAUAGAUAAUAAAGUGUAUGAUGUUAAGGAUUUUAUUGCUGAUCAUCCUGGCGGCGCUGUGAUUUUGACCCAUAUUGGAAAAGAUGCAACUGAUGCGUUUCAUAAUUUUCAUCAAAAAACCACACAUGAAUUAUUGGCAAAUUUUUAUAUUGGCGAUUUGGCAAAGGAAGAUGUCAUCACUAAAAAAGAAGAACUAAGAGAAAUUAAGGAAAUGUUUAUUAAUAAGAAAUAUUUUGAAUCGUCAAAAACCUAUUAUGCUUUAAAGGUUCUUUCAAACCUUUUAAUUUUAUUUACAUCAUUGUUGAUACUGAUUAAAUUCAGUGAUAAAUUACUGGGUGUUGUAAUAAGUGCUUCAAUGUUGGGUAUUUUCUGGCAACAAUGUGGAUGGCUUUCACAUGAUUUUUUGCAUCAUCAAGUAUUUGAGGAUAGAAGAUAUAAUAAUUUGAUGGGCGAUUUUCUUGGUGGUGUUUGUCAAGGAUUUUCUCCUAGUUGGUGGAAGGAUAAACAUAACACUCAUCAUGCCGCACCAAAUGUUCAUAGUCAAGACCCUGAUAUCAACACACAUCCUAUUCUUACAUGGUCUGAAUAUGCACUUUUUGAUCUGUUUGACCCAGAAUGGCAAAAAGAAAAUGAACAAACGCUUCCACCGAGCAUUAUCCGUAUAAUGGUCAAAUAUCAAACAUUAUUUUACUUUCCAAUAUUGACAUUUGCAAGAAUCUCUUGGUGUUUUCAGAGUAUCUUGUUUGUGCUCCCUGGCGGUCAAUUCAACAAGCAAACAAAAGCUCGUAUGCCAAUUAGCAAAAGCCAACAAAUUUCACUUGUCAUACAUUAUGUUUGGUAUUCAUUGUUUAUAAGCAUAAUUGACGAUUUUUGGUUAAAAGUUGCAUAUUUUAUUACUUCUCAAGCAACAUGUGGACUAUUACUAGCUCUGGUGUUUGCUUUAAAUCAUUUUGGAAUGAAAAUAAUUAGUGAAGAAGAAGCUCAGGAUAUGGAUUUUUUUGUUGAGCAAAUUGUCACCGGAAGAGAUAUUGUUGCCAGAAAUCCUAAAUUUCAAUGGUGUGUAGAUUGGUUUUGUGGUGGUUUAAAUUAUCAAAUUGAACAUCAUCUUUUCCCCAGAAUACCGCGUCAUCAUUUUCAUAAAGUUCAACCAAUAAUUCGAAACCUUUGUGAAAAAUAUUCCAUACCAUACCAUAGAACUACAUUUUUAGAGGGUACAAAAGAAGUAUUUAAUUGUUUAAGUCAAGUAUCUAGUAAAUUAGAAUAA